AUGCCGCCGACGGACCGUACGACUCGCUCCAAACAGGGUCAGAAGCAGAUCGAGGCCUUGAGGACGAUGACGAGCCUCGUGGAAUCCUCUGUUCUGACCGGUACGCCAUCUGACGCUUCUCUCGCCAUCCUGAAAGAGUUCCACAAAGUCGGCGCGAGUCUGAGCACCAUCUCCGACUUGCUCAACUCGUGCACCCCAGCAACAGAAGCCGCAUCGGAGACCAAGCCAUGCGAGCUCGGCGAGGAGUGCACGGCCGAUCAACCGCUGAGAUCCGCCUUUCCGAGCUUCGUGGAUCUUUGGGCGACAGACCCAGCAAGUCCUGGCAGUCUGCCUGAUGAGGCGUCCGCACAUGAGCCAUUCUGGCUGAACAGCGCCGACCUUGACCGGCUGGAUGAGGUGACCAGGUGGUACGAGGACUCGACCUGCGCCGGUUCGUCGCCCGCCAGUCAGUUCCAACGCGGGAUGAGGGACCUUCUGGACGGGAAAGUUCUCGCCACUUCUGUUUCCUGGGCCGCCACCCGAGACCUGGCCCGCCUUUUGGUGAAGUCCUCCCGAGCCCGUCCCGCACUCGACACCCAGACCCAGCGUCGCAUCCCGUGGCGCUUGUAUGGGCCGAUCGUCACCGCAAACCGGAACAUCGACUACGCCUACACCGCCCUCGAGGGAGUAUGGGCUACACUGGGGACUGCGUACGACUCGGAGAUGACAUCUGCCGUUGACCUGAAAUCCGCUACCAAAGCUGUCACUGAGCGGACUGAGGCUCUGGCGAACAAACUGGGGGUGCUGAAGGGCUUGUAUCAAAAGCCUGGUGUUCCCAGAUGA